AUGUCUGAUCCACGCUUUGACUCUGUCACCCCCCCGACGAACCCCGAGAAAUACCAGACGGAGUGGCAGCCACUGGUCGCCAAAAAACAACAGGAAUGCGCAGAUAAGAUCCCCUCCGAAUGGCGUCUCAGCCAGUCCCUGCUUGACUCGCUCGCCCUGGACUCUGCACACGGAGUCGAUUUGAUCGAAGCAGAUAUUCCCCGUAAGAGCGGACUUCUGUCGCCAUUGGAACUGGAUUUGACAGAGAAUUAUACGGCGCGAGAGCUACUGGCUCAGCUGGCGGCCGGGACUGUCACCUCGGUGGCAGUGACGACGGCGUUUUGCAAGCGAGCAGCCAUUGCCCAACAGCUGACCAGUUGUUUGACCGAGACGUUUUUCCCCGCCGCUCUGGAGCGCGCCCAGCACGCCGACGACCACUUGAAGCGCACAGGCACAACGUUAGGCCCCCUUCAUGGUCUGCCUAUCAGUAUCAAGGACUGUUUCAACGUCAAGGGCCUGCAGGCGACCAUCGGGUAUGUCUCGCUGCUGGCUGUGCCUCCUGCGACGGCCAACUCGGCCAUUGUCGACCUGCUCUUGGACCUGGGGGCGGUGUUGUAUGUCAAGACCAACAUCCCACAGACUAUGAUGACUGCGGAUUCCGAAAACAACAUCUUUGGCCGUACGUUGAACCCACACAACACGCGGCUCACGGCGGGCGGGUCCACGGGCGGAGAGGGUGCUCUCAUCGCCUUCCGGGGUUCUAUCCUAGGCGUGGGUAGCGACGUAGCUGGCUCGAUCCGUAUCCCUGCGCUAUGCUGCGGGGUGUACGGCUUCAAGCCGUCGGCCGAUCGAGUCCCACCAGCCGGUCAGGCGUUGAAACGGAAAACGGGUCUCGCGCGCAUCAUCGCAUCGGCUGGUCCCCUAGCACAGACUCUCGACGACAUCGAGCUGUUCCUGUCGACCGUUCUGGCCGACGGUCACCAGCCCUGGUCUUACGAUGUGACCGCCCUCGCGGUGCCCUGGAACAGUUCCCUGGUUGCCGCCCCGGCCCGAACCCUCACCGUCGGCGUGCCGGCAGAGGAUCCAUGGUUCCCCCUGCAUCCGCCUGUGCGGCGCACGCUCGAGACGGCCAUCGCGAACUUGGAGCGGAAGGGCCAUCGGGUCGUGCGUCUCCCGGCCCCGGAGACCGAAGAACAUACCCUCGCCUACGCCAACCGGUUAGCUCUGCAGUUCUUCAUCUACGGGCCGUCGCACGACUACAUUGGCGACAGCGGUGAGCCGACCAUCGCCUCGGUCGCCCAGCGCUCGUCCCCUGUGUUCACUGGCCCGUUGCCCGUGGACAUGGCGCUGGAGCCGUUCGAGAAGAUGCACCUGCUGCACACUGCACGCGAGGCAUAUGCCGAGUACUGGCGGAAGACGUGGGUCGAGCACCGGCUGGAUAUUAUCCUCGGCCCUGGAGCACAGAAUACCGCCGUGCCGCAUGAUACCUACGGAUGGCCGCCUUAUACAUUAGCAUGGAAUCUACUCAACUAUCCCGCGUGCAUAAUCCCGUUUGGUCGGGCGUCCAAAGAAUUAGAUCCCGAGCCUUUCGCCGUGUCAGACGGGGUGCAACCCAGCUACGACCCCGAGAGCAUGGACAAGGCCCCCUGCGCGAUCCAACUGAUUGCGCCGACGUUGCAGGAUGAAAAGUGUCUUUGGGCGGCCAAGAUAAUUGACAGAGAUAUUCGAGAAUAG